GCCCUCAGAAGGCAAGGAGGGGAGGAGCUGAUCUUUCAAAAAAGGUGGAUCUGAGGGCUGCCCUCUGCCAUUAACAACAUUCAGCCCCUCCAAGUCCUCCUCACAGUGGAAAUACCUACCGUCAGCUUCAGAACAAGACCCCAGGCCCUUCCCAACUGAAGCACUGAGAUGUAGGAGCCCCUGCUUGUCUGUAAAACUUCCUCAGUAGGCUCCAGGAAGCUAAGACAGCUGCUCGGUUUGCUGUUACCCCUCCAAGUACCCCAGCUGUGGAGAACAGAUCCUGGGGCAGAGUCCAGGGCGGCUCAAAGCUCCUCCACACACGCCUGCUGAACCCUGAGUGCCUUGAGCUGCUGGCAUGGGGCGGAUCGAGGCCGCCGCCAUGAUUCCUGGCCUGGCCCUGCUCUGGGCAGUGGGGCUGGGGGGUGCCACCCCCAGCCCCCCACGCCUUCGGCUCUCCUUUCAAGAACUCCAGGCCUGGCAUGGUCUCCGGACCUUCAGAUUGGAGCGGACCUGCUGUUACGAAGCCUUGCUAGUAGAUGAGGAGCGAGGACGCCUGUUUGUGGGUGCUGAGAACCAUGUGGCCUCUCUCAGCCUGGACAACAUCAGCAAGAGGGCCAAGAAGCUGGCCUGGCCAGCCCCUGUGGAAUGGCGAGAGGAGUGCAACUGGGCAGGGAAGGACAUUGGUACUGAGUGCAUGAACUUUGUGAAGUUGCUGCACGCCUAUAACCACACCCACUUGCUGGCCUGUGGCACAGGGGCCUUCCACCCAACAUGUGCAUUUGUGGAGGUGGGCCACUGGCAGGAGGAGCCUGUGCUCCGGCUGGACUUGAGAAGGCUUGAGGAUGGCAAGGGGAAGAGCCCUUAUGACCCCAGGCAUCGAGCUGCCUCCGUGCUGGUGGGGGAGGAGUUGUAUUCAGGGGUGGCAGCAGACCUCAUGGGCCGGGACUUUACCAUCUUUCGCAGCCUGGGCCAGCGUCCGAGUCUCCGAACAGAGCCACAUGAUUCCCGCUGGCUUAACGAACCCAAGUUUAUCAAGGUCUUCUGGAUUCCGGAGAGUGAGAACCCUGACGAUGACAAAGUCUACUUCUUCUUCCGUGAGUCGGCGGUGGAGGCAGCGCCCGCACUGGGACGCUUGACUGUGUCUCGCGUUGGCCAGAUCUGCCGGAACGAUGUGGGUGGCCAGCGCAGCUUGGUCAACAAGUGGACAACGUUCCUGAAGGCACGGCUGGUGUGCUCUGUUCCAGGGGUUGAGGGGGACACCCACUUCGACCAGCUUCAGGAUGUGUUCCUGAUGUCUUCACGGGACCGCCGGACUCCGCUGCUCUAUGCUGUCUUCUCCAGUUCCAGUGGCAUCUUCCAGGGCUCUGCUGUGUGUGUAUACAGCAUGAACGAUGUUCGCCGGGCCUUCUUGGGACCCUUUGCACACAAGGAGGGGCCCACGCACCAGUGGGUGUCCUACCAGGGUCGUGUCCCUUACCCACGGCCUGGCAUGUGCCCCAGCAAGACCUUUGGCACCUUCAGUUCCACCAAGGACUUCCCUGAUGACGUCAUCCAGUUUGCUCGUAACCACCCUCUCAUGUACAACUCCAUCCUGCCCAUGGGGGGGCGCCCUCUCUUCCUACAAGUGGGCGCUGGAUACACCUUCACCCAAAUCGCUGCAGAUCGUGUAGCAGCUGCUGAUGGACACUAUGAUGUCCUCUUCAUUGGCACAGAUGUAGGCACAGUGCUGAAGGUGAUCUCAGUCCCCAAGGGUAGCUGGCCUAGCUCUGAGGGGCUGCUCCUGGAAGAGCUGCAUGUAUUUGAGGACUCUGCUGCAGUCACCAGCAUCCAAAUCUCCUCCAAAAGGCACCAGCUGUACGUAGCCUCGCGGAGCGCAGUGGCCCAGAUCGCGUUGCACCGCUGCGCUGCCCACGGCCGCGCCUGUGCUGAAUGCUGUCUGGCGCGUGAUCCCUACUGCGCCUGGGACGGGGCCGCAUGCACGCGCUUCCAGCCUAGUGCCAAGAGACGGUUCCGACGGCAAGACAUAAGGAACGGCGACCCCAGCAUGUUAUGUUCCGGGGAUUUGUCCCGUCCGGCACUGUUGGAGCGGAAGGUCUUCGGUGUGGAGGGUGGCAGCGCCUUUCUGGAGUGUGAGCCCCGCUCGCUGCAGGCUUACGUGGAGUGGACCUUCCAGCGUUUAGGGGAGGCGUCUCACACCCAGGUGCUGGUGGAGGAGCGCGCUGAGCGCACCGCGCGGGGGCUGCUGUUGAGCGGCGUGCGGCGCCAGGAUUCAGGAGUGUACCUAUGUGCAGCGGUGGAGCAGGGUUUUACACAGCCACUGCGCCGCCUGGAGCUGCACGUGCUGAGUGCUGCGCAGGCUGAACGGCUGGCGCGGGCCGAAGAAGCUUCGCCUUCUGCGUCGCUGGGUCCUAAACUCUGGUACCGGGACUUUCUACAGCUGGUGGAACCGGGCGGCGGUGGGGGCACGAACUCCCUGCGCAUGUGCCGCCCGCAGCCAGCGCCUCGCCCACCGGCCCUGGAGUCACGCAGGAAGGGCCGCAACAGGCGGACUCACGCUUCAGAGCCUCGUGCUGAGCGGGGCCCGCGUAGUGCAGCGCAGUGGUGACUGGACCAUUCCCACGCCAGGGACCAGAUGGAGACUACAGGCAGAAGAGGGGACAGACUGACCCUAGGAAGACAGAUUGAUGGGUUGGGACCCGGCACGCAGAAAUCCUCGGGCUGACGUACACACCAACCGACAGGCCCUGGCUGAAGGGCAGCCGCUCCGGCUUAUUUAUUAACAGGAUAACCCUUGAAUGUAGCCCCGGAAGGGCAGCCCAGAAGCUGGUGCGGGACCAAGAACCAGGGUUCCAGAGGAAGGAGCAGGACUAGGGAGGUGUCCUGGGUAGCCACCUUGGGAGAGGCAUUCCUCUCCUUAGGCAUCCUCAGACGGUUCCGAGCAGAAAGCUGUGAAUAGGCUAGGCUCUUGGGGUCGGGGCAAGGCUGGACGACUGUACUAAAGUAAUGCAAUAAACACAUUAUCAACCGAAGCUGGAAUGGCCCCAGCGGAUGACCACUAGUAGUAGAUCUUGCUCUGUGUUUUUGGGCAUC